AACAGCUGCGCCAAUGGGGCCCGUCAAAGCCCUCCCGACGGCGGCCUCGCGACCCUCAGCUCUCGUGGUCCAAGGACCAACCAGAGUGCGCGGGGGGCGUCCGCGUCAGCCCUACGAAACUUAGCGCAUGGGAGCUUCAACCUCUGGCGUGCUGCGGGGAGCCAUCCUUCUCGAACCCUUGCCCACGGCACCCCCGUCGCUGUCUGUUGUUUCCGUGCGAGCCAUGUGAGUUGUGCGGUGAGGCUGGGCUCCAAGACCUCGUCUCGCGAACCCUAUUCGCCCGUGUCAAAGUUCCCCUUCUCGAACGCUGUCCAUCCCGGACAGGGCUUGGAGUCCUGCUCUCCCGCGAACCAGAGGCCAUACUCGGCUUCUCAUUCGCACGAGCCCUGCCCGAGAGCGACGGAACGAAAGGCGAGGGGUGGUCGGCGGAGCGUCAACCUCAGGCCAUGGCCCGUUGGGUCGUUGACAAUGGCCCGAAUGACACGUCUCCCCGUGCCUCGUGGAGAGAUGGAGGGGCAGCACGCGGGACGGCAGGGAGAGGGAGCGCGCCAUCGUCGGCAAACGUAUAUAGGGCCCGGAGGGCCGGUACGACAUGGCGUUGUGGCAAACCGUCGCUGCCAAUCACCUCCUUCUGCCCCAGACAUCUCGUCUACAUGUAUUAGUACGACAUCUCCAUCCGCCGGAGUAGUAGACUGAGGCAGCAUGGUUGGCGUCCCGGGCAAGUACAAAGGUUGCGAGACCUGCCGCCGGCGGCGGGUCAAGUGCAGUAACGAGAGGCCAUACUGCAGCAACUGCGCCAACAGCGGGAGGCAAUGUGGAGGCUAUGAGCGUGAGCGCGUUUUCAUCACCGGCACCCCAGAGACCAAGGGCCGUGUCGCCUCACACCCGAAGAAGACGGCGUCGACCAAAACGUCCAGGACUAGGGCCGAUGGAGAGGUACGGCCUCACAUCGUCCCGGUGCAGCCUCUCACCUCGGCAUGGGACGACUCCAUGCGCCUUUCCAACCACGGCAUCGAGGCUUCGGUGCUGCUCACAGCCCUCCAGACGAACCUGCAGGGCGUCAGUGGACGAGACAGAGACGGCGCCGCUGGCUUCGAAAUCUCCCUGUCGGUGUACAGCCCCGUGGAGUUGCAGCCGAAUCCUCAUGCCAACGACUUCAGCGCCAGAUUUACGUGUCUGGCGAACUUUGGUGGUAGCGACACCCAUGACCCAGCAUCUGGAUAUUGUGCCUUCUUGUUCGAGCAAAACUGGUUUGCCACGUCAAGCGUCGACUCAGCAUCUGAGGGCAGUCUCAUUGAGAGCCUAGGGGCGGCACACUUUACCUCAUUUCCGAAUCAUCAGUACUUUGUGAGGGUUUAUCGCCCAUUGGCGGUCAGCCUUGCUCUUUUGAGACGUCGAGAGAGCUUCCUGGCUCGCCCAGAGUGGACCUCAACGCCAUGGGCUGAGCAUCCAAAGUCCCCCCUCGACCAACUCUUCGACAUUAUGCUUUGUCUUCCGCCAACUUUUGCCAGGGUAGACCGCAUUUUGCCUUUAACUGCGACCAUGGCGCGUCGGCUCAGCGCGCAGGAUCUCCUGAAUAACUGCUUAGCCAUCGAGACCCGGUUUCAUCAUUGGUUCGCGGCCGUUGUGGCUGCCUCGAGUGGCCAGCACCCUCCCUACUGGUCCGACGAACUCGGCAGCCCUGGGGGCGAGAUCCCGUUCGCAAAUCCUUACACCUUUCGAGAUGGGUUGACGGGCAUUAUGAUGUUGUAUUACUGGAUGUCCCAGAUUCUAUUCCAUCGAUGCGUCGAGUGCCUUCACGCCGCCAUCUUCCAGCCAGUUGUUGAUGCGUAUCCCGACAUGUGGCCUACUCUGCCACCCAGUCUUCAAAUCGACCCGAAUCAAUACCAGGAUGGCCGGGACCUCGCUGCCAAUAUUUGUCGUGGGCUUGAUGCUGCCCUUAACGGCACGACGCAGCCGGAUAUGCUGCUGGCGCCCAUGACCGUUGCGCUCGACUUCUACCAGGACAUUAAUGCUACAUCGCAGGACGGUGUGCUCGAGAUCCUGUGGCUGGAAGCGUUCAAAAGGCGUUUAGCUAUGAAAGGUCAACACAUAGCGACCGUGCUGCAGGGCCAGCGCUGGGUUGAAGUUGCCCGAUUUUAAGGUCUAUGCCACGAAUAAUGUGUAAAACAAACUCAUGUCUGUACACGAACAAAUAGAAAUGCGGCGGCCGGUCCGCCGAUGACGAGGAUUUGGAAUUGUUGGUACAAAAACUGGGAAGAGUUCGAACUCUUUGGAUGCAAUGGCGCAGCAGAAAAGAAAUAAAUUCAACAAGGUAGUCAAUAAUGACAAGCUCG